AUGCUUGUGUUCUACAAUCGAAGUGGCGAUGCUAAUAAUCGAUCAUCGAACAGCAGUUCCACAGGAGUUCCAUUUCUAUCACGUUGGAACUCGACAGGUAUAAUCGUGGCUGGGGUUACCAAUACGAUAGGUGUGGGUUCUCUUUACCUUAAUUAUCCUUUGUCCUUGGGAGUGGAUUCAUCCAAUGCUGUGUAUGUUGUUGACAAUGGUAAUCAUCGAAUUCAACAGUGGUUACCUAAUACAGCAAGUGGUACGACUGUCGCUGGACAGUCAAAUGCAGCAACAGGUUCAGCUCUAAAUUUUCUGAAUUAUCCUACUGGUAUUGUGUUAGAUGCUAGUGGAAAUAUGUAUAUCCUUGAUGGAGGAAAUAAUCGAGUUGUAUAUUGGGCAGUUGGUGCGUCCGUAGGUGUUUUGCUUGCUGGAACUGGUGUUGCUGGCUCUGCUAACAAUCAGUUUGAUCAACCAAUGGGUUUAGCCCGUGAUUCGAUCUCGGGAACUUUGUAUAUAUCUGAUAGUCUUAAUCAUCGCGUCAUGCAAUAUUUAUCGGGAGCAUCCACAGGAAUUGUAGUUGCUGGUGGAAAUGGAAACGGAACAAACAACAAUCAAUUAAAUUAUCCACGCGGUCUUGUGUACGAUGCAUCGACAAAUAGUCUUCUUAUUACCAACAACAGAGCUCAUAAUAUUGUUCGUUGGGUGCUUGGUAGUAGUACAUGGACAUUAAUUGUGGGCAGUAGCACUGGAAUGAUUGGUAGCACGCCGGAACUACUGAGCUACCCAACAGAUGUUAUUCUUGAUCCAUUUGGAAACAUCUACGUGUCCGAUGAAGGAAACCACCGUAUACAAUACUUUCUAGCCGGUCAAACGAAUGGAUCUACGGUUGCAGGUGUAACUGGUGUCACAAGUACUGCACUUGGCUUUUUCAAUACACCUUCGGGAGUAGUCAUGGACAGUCAAUAUAGUCUUUAUGUCGUUGAGUAUAUUAAUGCUCGAGUACAAAAGUUUGUCCAAUACUGA